AUGCUCCUCCGUGGAUCCGUGUAUCUCAACCUCACAGGACGGAAAAUGCCUACGUCCAAGGCUGGCAGGGACAACACCGACCCAGACAUGUCCUCCGCCGUCAUGCCUCCCACACAGGUUGCUGAAGGGCGCGCUGACCGCGACCGUCGUGACCGCGACCGCGACUCCAUCAUCGGGCAGUCAUCCGAUGACGCUGCCGCCCGCACUCCUCGCUCCAGGCCGGCCCAGCCAGCUGCCGCUGCUGCUCGCCAACCAUCCCCUCCCUCCUCGCUGUCUCGGUCUCGUGCCCCUCCUCUGUCGCCAAACGCUACCGCCGAGUCGUCGGGAUCGUCCACCCGCUCCGCAGGCUCGGGCGGCAAUGGUAACGCUACUGCUACGUCGUCUGCCGACCAGAAGAAGAAGACCAACGACAAGUGGGUCGAAAGCGUCGACUAUGCGUACGAGUACGUCCCCGUCGCCCAGACGCGCGAGGGCAGGAAGAACAUUUCCUAUGAGCUCCUCAUGCGCCAGCAGCCACUUCAAGCCCGUAUGUGCGGGGUGGGUGAGAAGUCGGACCGCCGCCCCGUUGAUCCCACGCCAAUCAUUCAGCUCAAGGUCAUGACCAGUGACGGCCAGGACGUGACUCCAGUCGACCCUCGUCACCGUGAUGACAAGCCCCUCCGCCGCCAGAGUCCCGGAGGCGGUAACGACAUGCUCUUCAUGCAGAACCCCUACUACUUCCUGUUUGCCUGUCUCGUUGGUGGCGACGACCAGGAUUCGGAGCUCCAUGUCAUCGACGACGGCCGUACUCGCUUCCUCACUGGCACUCCGGUGUCGUCGCUGUACCACCUGAAAGACAUUGACAACAAGGACGCUGCCUUUUUCGUCUUCCCCGACCUGGGUGUCCGCAAGGAAGGACGCUACAAGCUCAAGCUCACGCUCUUUGAGAUUGUCGACCAGGAAGUCUACUACUGCACCACCGUCCUCACGUCGACGUUCUCCGUCUACUCGGCUAAAAAGUUCCCGGGCAUGUCCAAGGCAACCGAACUGUCGCGCGCGUUUGCAGAGCAAGGCUUAAAGAUUCGUGUCCGCAAGGACCCUCGCCCUGCUGGCCGCAACAAGCCCAAACGCAAGAGCUCGGGGCAGUCUGAAGAUGAGGACGUUGUCAAGCGUCCUCGCCAUGCCCUCACCCACCCGGGCUACCCGAUUGACGCGCGUGGUUACCCUCCCGAGCCCCACUAUGCGACCUACCCGCCCCCACCCAACGGAUACGCCUACCCACCGGGCUAUGCGCAGAUGCCUCCUCCUCCCCCUCCUCCGUUUGAGGGUUACCGCCCAGGCUCGGCCGGUGGUGCCCCCUCACCUCACCACGGGCACCCCAACGCUCCGCAAAACUACGGCGCCCAGCAGCCAUACUACGCCCCAGGCUAUGGGUACCAGCGCCCGCGACACUCCCUGCCUCCAAACUACGCCCCAGACCCGUAUUAUCCCCCAGGACCGCCACCUAAUCAAGCGCCAUACGACCCCCGCUGGGAGCGCGACCCUCGAGACAUGCGCGACCCUCGCGACAUGCGUGGUGGUGACCCGCGCGACCCCCGUGGUGACCCCCGCAUCGACCCUCGUGAGAUGCGAGACCCGCGCGACAUGCGAGACCCGCGCGACAUGCGUCCAGACCCCCGUGAUAUGAGAGACCCCCGUGAUAUGAGGGACCCGCGCGACAUGCACGACCCCAGAGACAUGCGCGGCGAUCCCCGUGACAUGCGUCCAGACCCACGCGACAUGCGCGGUCCCGAUCCUCGCGACAUGUACGCUCACGACCCUCGUGGAGACCCCCGCGCCGACCCCCGCGCCGACCCACGAGACAUGAUGGACCCGAGGGACAUGCGUGGUGACCCGAGGGACAUGCGCGGUGACCCGAGGGACAUGCGUGGUGACCCGCGCGACAUGCGUCCAGACCCCCGUGAUAUGCGCGACCCGCGCGACAUGCGUCCCGAUCCUCGCGACAUGCGUGUGGCUGACCCGCGCGACGUCCGUGUCGGCGACCCCCGUCAAAUGUACUAUCCCCGUGGGACGUCGCCUUACAACACUCCACCUAGGAGUGCUGGCUCGGCGAUUCCCCCUCCUCCACUGCACACGAUGGAGCGUCACCGUCCGACCACCGCCCCGGCCCGCGACCAGCGGGACCAGCGGGACCAGCGCCCUCCUCCGCCCUCGGCGCCGCCCGUCCGCUUACCCCCUCUGAGUUCUCGUGUGGACGCACCACCCAGCCUCGGUGGCGCGUACCCCCGUGACGCACGGGACCCGCGCGACGAGAUGCCCAUGUCUCGCCCCGGUUCUGGUUGGAGCGGCAGCGACAGUCGGAGCCGCAGCCACCCGGGAGAGCGCAGCCCCGGCACACCUGGGGGCGGUACCAAGCCCACUGGCAGGAUGGGUGUUGGCCACCUUGUGGAUUAG